CCCGAAUCUCAAAAUGUAACCUGGAAAUGGCGACUUAACUCCACUUUUGAGCAAAGACUGUUGUUAUUAUUCUGCCAUACGUGCUCUUGAGGCGAGUACUGUAUUGCAUAUUGCAAGCCAGAUAUUGCAAGAUUGUCUUUGCAAUAUUGCUAGCCGUUUUGAAAAUUGUACAUUUAGCUCUUUCACAGUAUUUGAUUUGGUCAAGCCACAAGGAGGUCAGAAUGCGUGAACUACUUCUUAUCCCGGUAAAGGAGAGAAAAGAGCGGGAGCGAACAAAUAGCCUUCCUGCCCCAAUUCCUGCUCCAACAUUCCCUAUUACAUACUCUAUCCAAACCUCUAAGAAGUUUCCCUUUUUCCACUUCAAAAAAUGCAGAUACGAGGCAGAGAAUGCCUUCUUCUCCAACUUGAAGCUGGUGGACUUCAACAUCAUCGACACCUUGGGAGUUGGAGGAUUUGGAAGAGUUGAGCUGGUGCAGCUCAAGAGUGAAGAGACCAAAACGUUUGCAAUGAAGAUUCUGAAGAAGCGUCACAUCGUGGACACGCGGCAACAGGAACACAUCCGCUCUGAGAAACUGAUCAUGCAGGAGGCCCACUCAGACUUCAUUGUAAGGUUGUACAGGACCUUCAAAGACAGCAAAUAUCUGUACAUGUUGAUGGAGGCCUGUCUAGGAGGAGAGCUUUGGACCAUUCUUAGAGACAGAGGAUCAUUUGAAGACUCUACUACACGGUUUUAUACAGCCUGUGUGGUUGAAGCCUUCGCUUACCUGCAUUCCAAGGGAAUAAUUUACCGUGAUUUAAAGCCAGAAAAUCUCAUUCUAGAUCACAGAGGAUAUGCCAAACUUGUGGACUUUGGCUUCGCUAAAAAGAUUGGAUUUGGGAAGAAAACAUGGACAUUCUGUGGAACGCCGGAGUAUGUAGCCCCAGAGAUCAUACUGAAUAAAGGCCAUGACAUCUCAGCAGACUACUGGUCAUUGGGAAUUCUUAUGUAUGAACUCUUGACUGGAAGCCCACCAUUCUCAGGACCGGAUCCAAUGAAGACAUAUAAUAUCAUUUUAAGAGGAAUCGACAUGAUAGAAUUUCCAAAGAAGAUCACCAAAAAUGCAGGCAAUCUAAUUAAAAAACUAUGCAGGGACAAUCCGUCUGAGAGGCUAGGAAACUUGAAAAAUGGAGUCAAAGAUAUCCAAAAGCACAAAUGGUUUGAAGGCUUUAACUGGGAAGGCCUGCGCAAAGGAACUCUCACACCUCCAAUUAUUCCUAAUGUUGCAAGCCCGACUGACACCAGUAACUUUGAUAGCUUUCCUGAGGACAAUGAAGACCCUCCCCCAGAUGACAAUUCCGGCUGGGACACUGAUUUCUAAAACUGAAACUUGUAACAUGCCCUGCCCUGGAGUGUCCCGUGUGGUUCGUCAGCGAAGAGGAGAACGGAUGACGUCUAGCCCAGCUCUGUGACACCAAGUUGCCUUCGCCCACACUUCUGUCCUGCGGUGCCACUGGGGGCGUCUCAGUCCCCCGCCGCACCCCACGACUCACGAAAACUGUCCUAAUCAGAAAGACUGGAGUCCAUAUUCCCAACACGGCCUCAGAUAUGGGCUCAGACCACCUCGUGCUGGAGCCGAUGUCUUAAAAAUGAGCCCUUAAUUUUUUUUCCUCUGCUGUUUUAUGUUUGACUGAUUGCACAAGUAGUGGUUUCAGGUUUUAGGUCUGGGUCUUAAAAACAGAAUCAUAAGUAGAGACAGUACUAUGAUCUGGACUGAGUAUUGAUAAUUUUUCCACGACGUAAGGGUGAGCAAAUGAUAACAGGUUUUGCUAUUUUUUUUGUGGACUAUCCCCUUUAAAAGGUUUUUUUUCUUUCUUUCUUUUAAAGGCUUCUGAAUACAUUUAGUUUGUAUUAUGGGAAACUUGCAAGUUUUUAUUUUUUUUAAGACAAUGUGAAUCCAAUCAAAUAAUGAAUUAGACUCAAUACAGUUUGUGCUCCACUAGAGGGCAGGCUUUUUAUUAAAAUACACACUGUACUUCCCCAGAGGAAGGGCAGUCAAGUCGCCGCAUCCCUUAUAAAAUGUGGGUAAGAUCGGAAUUGUGUUUAUGAGGUUACAUAAUCAGCUCUAUUACUGAUACGAGACAUACUUUCUGAAUAUUUUCUCCUGUCAUUUUCACCAAUCAUAUUCAUGACUCGACUCAUUUAAACAAUGAAGAGAAGACUGCCUGUAGUCUAUAAUAGCUUGAACACAAAGUGCUGUGCUGGAAAACCAAUUAUGUAAUCUUAUUUAUUGUAGGACCAGGGGUAAAUGUUUAUAUAUAUAUAUAUA